AUGGCUCCAAAAGCUUAUCGAAAUAUGAAGAAAGGCUAUGGACUAUGGAAAGAAGGUUAUGUAAAAAGUACUUUUGUCAAGCCAAAUGUGCAAGCCUCGAAGCUGUUGUUGGUGGUGAAAGCGCGUGUUGGUGCUUCCAUGAAGAGCGUCAGCUAUCCUGUUUAUGUUCAUUUAAUCCAAGUUAACGGUGAAGUGGAAUAUGCUAAGUGUUCUUGUAAGGCUGGCCAAGGAGGUUGCUGCAAACACGUAGCUGCUCUAUUGUACACUAUUUUGGACUUUGUCAAUCUGAAUUUGAAACACGUUCCUGUGGAAUUGACAUGCACACAACUUCCUCAAAAAUGGAGUGUGCCCUCUGGAAGCUCAAAGACCCUGGACAAAGGUGUUAAAUUUGAAGAAAUGCUAUUUGAAAAAGUUGAUGUGAACAAACCUGCCAAAAGGUAUAUUGUAAAAGGGAGUAGGGAAGACUAUUGUGCUACUCCACCAUUUGCUCGGACUGUGACUGCAGAAGAAAUUAAGUCUAUGGCAAAUGCAUUUGAGAAAGCCAAUUGCGCUUCACUAUUUCGUGAAGCUAUAGCCUCAAAUAACUAUAAGCCAUGUGAACUUUUCGAGACAUCUUGUAAUCAGUUGCAAAAUAGAAAACUGGACAACAGCUCUGUUCCUAUUCCAACGCAAAUACCACCAAGUCAACUGGUUGAUCAGAUCUUUAAAAAUGUGCCAAAUGGUUACACCCCUCCAUCUGAUUACAGCCCAGAACAACUAGAACUAGUAAAAACAAAAGUUGGGUUGACUGUAUCCACUGCUAAGGAUAUAUGUUUGAGUACUAUGAGGCAAAACAAAGAUCCUCAAUGGUACGCUGAACGAUCUAAAAGGCUUACUGCUUCAAUUUUUGGCAAAGUUAUCAAAUAUAGAAAGAAAAACCAUCCAGCUUCACUGAUUGAAUCAAUUUUAUGUGUUGAUCAUGAGAAAAGAAAAGUGCCUGCAUCUGUACAGUGGGGCCUGGAUAAUGAAAGUAAUGCAAUUGCUAAAUAUCAAGAUGUAACAUUAAAAGGCAGUGCUUUUGUCACAUGUUGUGGGUUAGUCAUCAGUCCCCAGUGGCCAUGGCUGGGUUGUAGCCCUGAUGGAAUUGUCAUAAAAGAUGGUGUUCCAGUUGGAUGCAUUGAAGUUAAGUGUCCUUACUCAGUGAAAGAAAUGAAUGUUAAUGAAACUGCACAAAGUGUCAAAGGUUUUUAUUUAAAAAAAAGCGAAAGUGGAUUAGAACUUAAAGUGAACCAUGCAUAUUAUUAUCAAUGUUAAGGUGUCUUGAACAUUUUAAAUUUACCCUGGAUUGAUUUUGUGGUAUACACCAAUGCUGAUAUGCAUGUUCAGCGUAUCUAUAAGGACACUUCUUUGUGGGAGAACAAAAUGCUGCCAGAACUAACAUCAUUUUACUUUUCAUUUAUUCUUCCUUCUUGUAAAUG